GCCCCAUCUUUAAGCCCCGGUCAGUGCGCCGUUAGCCGCAGGACAACAGAGGAAGACUGGGAGUCUGGGAGAGAAACAGCUCUACACUCAUGCCUUGAAAAAGGGAGAAAACUUCAUUCUCUCCUGGCGGCUAAAACAUGAUAGAAACAAUUGAUACCCAGCGUGCCUUGCAGGCGGUGGAGCGUCUCCAGGCCAAACUGAAGGAACGGGGGGAGGUGCCCACAGAGGAGAAGCUCAGCCUGCUCAGAUCGGUGCUUCAAAGCCCACUCUUCCACCAGAUCCUGGCCUUGCAGAAGUCUGUCCAGCAUCUCAGAGAUCAGGGUAGCAGCACAUCAUCCAGAGGAAGUGACCUCAAUGAUCACAACAUCAAAGCCUACUCGGAUGACUCAGCAACUUCACAUAUCAAUGGGAAAACCUCUUUGGAAGAAUUUGAGGGCAUUAUCCACUCUAUGGCUCAGGGUCGCUAUGUGACGAAUGUGGAGCUGCAGAAACCAGCGUCAGGGGGUCUCGGCUUCAGCGUGGUGGGGCUAAAGAGUGAGAACCGUGGAGAGCUGGGAAUCUUUAUUCAAGAAAUUCAACCAGGAAGUGUUGCUUACUGUGACGGGAAGCUAAAGGAAGCGGACCAGAUUCUGGCGAUAAAUGGUAAACCUCUGGACCACACGGUCACCCACCAACAAGCCAUUAGCGUCCUGCAGAGUGCUUCAGAGAAGGUGCAGCUCACUUUGGCCAGAGGGCCUAUACCUCAGCUGACCAGUCCAGUUGUGUCACGCACACCCUCUGCUGCUAGCACGUUAUCAGCCCACUCCAGCAAGUGGCAGCACGUGGAGACGAUUGAGUUAGUGAAUGACGGCACUGGUCUCGGCUUUGGGAUUGUUGGAGGAAAAACUACGGGGGUUAUUGUCAAAACCAUACUUCCUGGAGGCGUCGCAGAUCAGGAUGGACGCUUACGAAGUGGGGAUCACAUCCUGCGAAUCGGAGACACCGACCUGUUUGGCAUGGGCAGCGAUCAGGUGGCCCAGGUCCUCAGGCAGUGUGGUAACAGGGUGAAACUGGUUGUUACUAGGGGCCCUGUGGAGGAGACGCCAUCUGCCGUCAUGUCUGUGGUGCUCCCCACUGUCGCUGAGCAGCAGGGAAGUGAAGAAGAGGAGAUUGAAGCAUUUGAUGUGAGCCUAAGCAAGAACACACAGGGACUGGGCAUUACUAUUGCUGGCUAUGUUGGAGAUAAGAACUCAGAGCCAUCUGGCAUCUUUGUAAAGAGCAUAACAAAAGACAGUGCAGUGGAUCAGGAUGGCCGGAUUCAUGUUGGAGACCAGAUAAUUGCCGUGGAUGGCAUAAACAUCCAGGGAUACACCAAUCAACAGGCAGUGGAAGUUCUCAGACACACCGGCCAGACGGUCCACCUUAAGCUGAUCCGACGAGGCUUCAGGCCCGACGACGAAGAGGAGCCCCCCACCGUGACCCCUACCGUCUCCGUCUUGUCCCCUUCUGCCACCAUCCCGACCACAGCCACCAUCAUGAAGGAGCUGGAAUUGGAGAGGAGCACGGCUCAGCAGCCCACUCAAGCAGCCGUCGUUGCUGAGAAGCAGCUCCAGACAACAGGAGAAGGAUCUGAUGUCAGCUCCGCUGUGGAUCAUCUAACAAAAGACAAACAUGGUCCGAAGUUAACCCUGAUUGAAGAAGACGAACUGAUGAAGAAAUGGCAAGAGAUUCUUGGUCCAAAUAAUGAAGUUGUGGUGGCUCAGGUUGAGAAGUUUACUGAGAACAGCGGCCUGGGCAUCAGUCUGGAAGCUAGUGGUGGUCAUCAUUACAUCCGUUCAGUCCUUCCUGAGGGACCAGUCGGUCGCUGUGCAAAGUUGUUUAGUGGGGAUGAACUGCUGGAGGUGAAUGGGAUUUCUCUGAUCGGAGAGACCCAUAAAGAGGUGGUGAGAAUCUUGAAGGAACUUCCAAUCUGUGUGUACAUGACAUGCUGCAGACCUGCUCCAGAUCUCCAGAUAGAUAUGGAUACAGUCCAACCAGAAUCAGAUGCUUUUCCUACUGAAUAUAAACUGAAGAAUAACAUCAGCAGUGCACUGGUUUCUGAAGUUUCAGAAACGAAUGACAUCGAAGAUCCUCAGGAUACAGUUACCGAAGAGGCAAUUGGAUCUCCUUUGGCUAUGUGGGAGAUGGAGAUCCAGAAUAUCGAGCUGGAAAAGGGAGAAGGGGGAUUGGGAUUCAGUAUUUUGGACUACCAGGACCCGCUGGACUCCUCCAAGACAGUGAUUGUGAUACGCUCACUUGUUCCGAACGGUGUUGCGGAGAUGGAUGGCAGACUUCUGCCCGGAGACCGACUCAUGUAUGUGGACAGCACAAACUUGGAGAAUGCCUCCCUUGAGGAUGCUGUCCAGGCCCUUAAGGGGGCCAAGGUUGGAAAAGUCCAGAUUGGAGUUGCCAAACCUCUGCCUGGAAUAUGUGGAGAUUUCCAUUCUCCACACCCUUUUGGUGAGCAGGAAAUACCUUCAUCACCCAUUAUCCAUUCAUUUGACUUCAGCAGUAUUUUGAUUGAAGAAGGAGAGGAAGGAAGACUGACUGAGGGCAUCCUUUACCGAGCAGAACCUGCAUUGAUUGACACAAGUGAAGGAGACCUAACUGAUGAUAAGGUGUUAGAUCAUACUUACUCUGGGAUGGAGGACGACACAUUCCAGGCAUCAAUGAUUGCUCUCCAUGGCAGCAGCUGCAGUGCUGACUUGGAUUGCCUGCAGUCAUCCACACCCAAGCUGACAGCCCGUCUGAACGUGUUGGAUGAACACCCCGGCUUCGCAGACGAAGCUCCGGCAUUCUCCACAGAGAAGUCGGCCUCUUACACUCCAGCGACUUUGACAGGUCAUAUCCCGGCGAUUAAUACCAUUCUAAGCAGCUCAGAUCAAUACUUGGCAAAGCCCCCGAGUGAAGAACAAGAACCAGUCGGGUGCUCAGACUCCUACAGCCUGUUUGCAGAGAUAGAGGCCAAACACAUUGACCAGGAGGCACCUGUGGAACACCCUCUCUGUCUGAUCGAACCAGUCAUCUCAUUUAGACAUACGGAAGACACAAUGGAUAAAGAGAAGACGAACGUGAAAGAAUCUGCUGAAGAUGACAACAAAGCGGCUCUGACCUCUGGUAGCAAUUUUGAAAGGACCAUCACAGUUGUCAAGGGCAACUGCAGCCUUGGGAUGACAGUGAGCGCCAUGAAAGAUGGGCUGGGGAUGGUGAUCCGCAGUAUCAUCCACGGGGGGUCCAUUAGUCGCGACGGUCGUCUGGGAGUGGGCGAUCUGAUCCUGGCCAUCAACGGAGAGCCCACCACCAACCUGUCUAACGUCCAAGCUCGUGCCAUGCUCAGGAGGCACUCUCUCAUUGGACCAGACCUCGGAUCUGCUUGUGCACCUGAGGACGAUCUGUGCCCGUUUUAUGUUGUUACAUACGUCCCUGCUGAGUACCUGGAGGAGUACAAAGCCAGCCUCGAGCAAGCUAAGGAUAUCUUCACUGAGACGGCUCAAGAAGAUAUUCCCAACCUCCCAGAGCGUGAAGAUGGGGAGGGAGAGGAGAGUGCCUCAUACAGCAACUGGAAUCAGCCACGGAAAGUGGAGCUUGUCAGAGAGCCUGGUAAGUCCCUGGGGAUCAGCAUCGUCGGCGGCAGAGGGAUGGGCAGCCGUCUGAGCAACGGGGAGGUGAUGAGGGGCAUUUUCAUCAAGCACAUCCUGGAGGACAGCCCUGCUGGCCAAAACGGGACACUAAAGACUGGGGACCGCAUAGUGGAGGUGGAUGGCGUAGAUUUACGAGAUGCAAGUCAUGAGGAAGCCGUGGAAGCCAUACGGAAGGCAGGCAAUCCUGUUUCCUUCUUGGUCCAGAGUAUUAUUCACCGAGCCCGGCCUGAGUCGAUACAUAGCCCAGCUCCAUCUCCUGCUGUGGAGAAACGCACUGCAGCUUUCACAUGCAUGCCAAAUCGCGCACGCCAGAAGCCGCCCCUGCCCUUUCUGCAGCUAAAUAGCCACCGUGACUUCAGCCUUUGCAGCACUAAUCAAAGCUUCUUAGCGCCUGCCCUCCCUCAGCAACCACCAUUGAUAACAGACUCUGUCGAGGAGAGAGCCGUGCCGAGUUUCAGCCAGGACAAGGAUGGUGACAGUCACAGUAGACUUUUUCUCCGCCUCUCCCCAACUAACCCUUUCACUCCUACCCCGUUUAAGCCGGCGAAGCGUGAAGCGCCAAAGGCAUCUCCCACCGGCUCCAUCCUCCCCCUGCCAGUGGUGCCCCAUGUGGGAGAGAGCGAUACAGACAAGCUCGCUGAUAUUCCUGAAAGACCUGCAGAAACGGUUGAGCAGAGCAGGGAGGAGGAGGAGGAAGAGGAGGACGAGUUUGGAUACAGUUGGCAGAACAUAAUCCAGCGCUAUGGCAGCCUUCCCGGGGUCCUACACAUGAUUGAGCUGGAGAAAGGCAAGACGGGCCUGGGUCUCAGCCUGGCAGGGAACAGGGACCGCUCCCGCAUGAGUGUGUUCGUGGUGGGAAUAGACCCCAACGGAGCAGCUGGCAGGGAUGAACGGAUGGGUGUGGGGGAUGAGUUACUGGAAAUCAACGGACAAGUUCUCUAUGGCCAAAGUCAUCAGAACGCAUCGUCCAUUAUCAAGAGCUCUCCAUCCAAAGUCAAAAUCAUCUUCAUCAGGAACACAGAGGCGCUGAACCAGAUGGCCGUGGGACCUGUGAGAGAGCAAGAGGGAGACACGGCGGAGUCUCAAACUGAGCCAAAAACAUCUCCCGCUAACGACAAUGACACUUCAAAACAUCACGUCAUAAAGGUGGAGGAGGACGGCAUUGCGUUUGUAGAAGGGAACACAGAGUCUGGCGUUGAGAUUCAGAGCAUAUCCGAAGCAACCGAACGCACAGGAAAUGACGGCUGCAUGAAACCAGGGGACAGACUGUUGGCUGUGAAUGGGGAAUCAGUUCUUGGAUACACAGUUGAAAAGGUGAAUUCUUUAUUGAGAAAGGCCAAAGGUCCAGUGAAGCUCACAUUUGUAACAAAUGAGACGGUGUCCUCCUACCCGACUUCCCAGUCGGCUUGUCAGGACAUCGCUACCUCAGAUGGAGGACACACCAUCUCACCCAGCAUGCCUAGCACCACGCCGAGUACUUUAAGUCAGCCAGAAGCAGAGACAAACACUGGCCCAAGUCGCUCUUCCACCCCUUCCACGCUGGCCUGCGACCCGGCAACCUGCCCCAUCAUCCCCGGCUGCGAGACCACCAUUGAAAUCUCCAAAGGCUGCACCGGACUGGGCCUGAGCAUCGUGGGGGGCUGCGACACGCUGCUGGGAGCCAUCAUCAUCCACGAAGUGUAUGAAGAAGGAGCAGCCUCCAAAGAUGGCAGACUUUGGGCAGGAGAUCAAAUACUAGAGGUGAACAGCAUUGACCUGCGAGCAGCCAGCCAUGAUGAAGCCAUCAACGUGCUGCGGCAGACGCCCCAGAGGGUUCGGCUGACGGUCUACCGGGAUGAAGCCCAAUACAAGGAGGAGGAGCUGUGGGACUCCUUCACUGUGGAGCUGCACAAGAAGCCGGGCCAGGAUCUGGGUCUGAGCAUCGUAGGGAGGAGAUCGCGGAAUCACAGGAAUGACACGGGAGUGUUUGUGUCCGACAUUGUUAAAGGAGGUCUGGUGGAGGUGGACGGCCGACUGAUGCAGGGCGACCAGAUUCUGUCGGUUAACAGCGAGGACGUCCGGUCAGCCACUCAGGAGGCCGUGGCUGCGCUGCUCAAGUGCUGCGUUGGGCCAAUAAAGAUGGAAGUUGGGAGGUUUAAGGCCGGUCCAUUUCACUCCGAGAGACGGCUUUCCCAAAGUAGUCAGAUGAGCGAAACUGGCAGCUCCAAGCUGUCUGGUUCUGAAUCAGGGAACCCCUCGAGUGAUUCUGACGUACCAAGCAAAAAUCAAGAGUUUGCAGAGCACCAAGACGUCAGAACGGUUGAGUUCACUAAAGGCCCCGGUGACUCUCUGGGAAUCAGCAUAGCCGGUGGAGUGGGCAGCCCUCUGGGUGACAUACCCAUCUUUAUCGCCAUGAUGAAUCCCAACGGCCUGGCUGCUCAGACACAGCUCAAGAUGGGAGACCGAAUUGUCAGCAUAUGCGGCACAUCAGCUGAAGGCAUGAGCCACUCGCAGGCUGUCGCUCUGCUCAAGAACGCCACGGGAACAAUACAGCUGCAGGUGGUAGCAGGUGGCGACACCACCGUGACGGGGCCCACUCAGAAGCAGGAUGGGGGUUCUCUGACGCCCAGCUGCAUCUUCCAGGAUGAUAUUGGCCCGCCUCAGUAUAAGACAAUCACUCUUGAAAGGGGACCUGAUGGACUUGGUUUCAGUAUAGUCGGAGGGCACGGCAGCCCCCAUGGAGAUUUACCUAUUUACGUCAAAACAGUGUUUGGAAAGGGAGCGGCGGCGGAGGACGGCCGUCUGAAGCGGGGAGACCAGAUCAUGGCUGUGAACGGGCAGAGCCUGGAGGGAGUCACGCAUGAAGAAGCCGUCGGCAUCCUGAAGAGGACCAAAGGAACCGUAACCCUCACUGUGCUUUCAUAGAUGACAAACCACAAUCAAUGUUUUGCUGACCUGCAGAGACCGAGGCUGAAUGCACAGUGAUCUUGUUACUGAGGUGACCGUGUGCGUCUCCAAGAGUUUAGAUAAUCACGAAGAAGCUUUUUGUUUACUGUAGGUCUGAACACUGUGGUUCAUCGAAGCCUACUGACAGACUGACUAGAGAUCACAACAAUAAGUAUUUUUAAUUAUGUGAAGCAUUCCCUGACACUGGAUCAAAGUAUGUAAAUGCUGCUCUGAAGAAAAUUCCUAACGUCUGAUUUAAGCACGUUUCAGAUUUAUUUGUUGAAGUAUAGUGCUGCUAGUGCUCGAAUCUAGGGUCUUAUGACUCUGUAUUUGUUUUUGUACUAUGCGUCAUUACAUGUACAGAAACAUACAUGAACUAUUUUUAGAGUCACUUCUGGAAAAAGUGAGUCAUCUGAACUUGUGAUUAUAAGGUUCUUGGUUGCCCAAAAAUAAAGUGAUCCGGGUUGUAGUUCUGGAGGUCAUUGGUGUGUGUUUUGGAGUCUAGGUUGAAAGACAGCAUGUCUAUUUUAUCACUUUAAAUGUAUUUUAGUACUCUAUGUGAACACUGAAAUUAAACAAUAAAAGUGACCUUUGGCUUUAA